AUGUCCAAAUUUAACUUGCAGAAACUUUGUAAGAGGAAUCAAGAAAUUCGGCAAAAACAAAUAAUUCCUCAUACUUCAGGUGCUAAAUCAAUUGCAAGAAGAAGGGCUGAAUUGGAGAAGAUUGAAGCACAUAGCAGCCAACAACCGAUGGAAUUAACUCUUAAUUAUCCUCUUGAUGCUCUUGGAGUAGUUUUUGGGAAAGAGCACCCUGGUCGUGUUCGAGGUUUAGGUAUGGGAGCUGUUCCAACAAUUGCUUUCAAGAACAACAUUACAAGGAUUAGUCAAAUGAAUUUAGGUUCUUCAAAUGAUGUUGGAACAUCAUCUACUUGUGGUCCAAAUGUACAAGAAGAGUUGGAUACCGUUAAAGCACAAUUGCAAGCGCUAGUCUCCUAUAUUGCUUCUAAGGAAGGAGGUAAAAUUCCAAUACAAUUGGCUGGAAUAUUCCCUACUCAACAAGUUUCACAGGUACAAAUACAAUUAUCCUCUUUUUUUUCCUUUUGA